AUGGUUACUCAAGGAAGAAAGAAAAGACUAGACUUGGCACUUUGUACUGGUCUACAGUUUCUUAGUUUCGCAAACAACAAAUUUAAUGAUACAUUUCCCUCAUGGUUGGAUUCUCAAACAUCACUGCAAGUCCUUGACUUGCAUUCCAAUAGUUUCCAUGGUCAUGUCAAAGGUUCAAAGGUAGAAAAUCCAUUUCCAAAGGUCCAGAUUUUCGAUAUCUCCAGCAACAAGUUCAGAGGAAGAUUACCAACAACAUACAUGAAAAAUUUCAGCGCAAUGAUGAGUAUCAGUGUCCAACCUGGGAGUCCAGAGUACAUGGGACUCAUUUAUUAUAAAUACUCGAUUGUGCUUAGAAUUAAUAGUUUGCAGACUAAGUAUGAGAAGAUCAUCACCACUCUUAUGACUUUCGAUCUUUCAGACAACGCAUUUGAAGGAGAGAUCCCCAAAUUUAUAGGUCAGUUGGUCUUGAUUCAUGGCCUUAAUCUCUCCCAUAACCGGCUCACAGGGCAAAUCCCCUCAACAAUAAAUAAUUUGAAGUUACUAAAUUCGUUAGACCUUUCUUCCAACAUGCUUAGUGGGGGUAUUCCUCAGGAAUUGACAAGUUUGACAGCAAUGGGAACCUUCAAUGUAUCAGAUAACAACCUAAUGGGUCCUAUACCUCAUGGAAACAACUUCGACACAUACCCAGCAGAAUCAUACAAGGGUAAUCCCGGAUUAUGUGGAUUUCCAUUGCCAAAGUGUGGGGGAGAAGAAAAAGAAAGGUUAGAUCCAUUGACAAGUAAAUCAAAAGAUGAUUCUGAAGAUGAAGGCAUGUUAUCAGAAUGGAAUGUCAUUGCCAUUGGAUAUGGUUGUGGUUCAGUAGUAGGGAUGGCGUGGGGAUACUAUAUGUUGUCAGUUGGAAAACCCGUUUGGCUGGCUAGACUAGUACAUAGAAUGGAGCAGGCCAUUAGGAGAGCAAGAAGAUUAAGGAACUGAAGAGGACCAACUAAUAGAGAAAAACUGAGAGGUGUAGACUUUCAUCUUUCAGACUAUCUAAUGUAAUUUUAGCUCUCUUUAAAGUGAAUAGAAUUAUUAUUAGAAGUAACAAAGUAUUUGCUAAUUUCAAAUUUCUAUGUUUUUUGAA